AGGGAUCGACCCGGACUCCGAACUUAAUUUUUAGAGCACCGGGCAAAACCCCAUGAACCUGGCCUCGCUCCUGAGCCACGACGACGACCGCCAGUACGACGACGAGUCGGACGACGGCGAGGUCAGGGCCGCGCAGCAACAUAGCGAGGCCAACGACGAAGGCGACACGCCGUCGCCGACGACCACCGAGUCGUCGUCGUCGCCCAUCGACUACUUCCGGCCGGGCGCCGCGCACACGAUCGACGAGAAGAAGAACCGCCAUCGUCUGAGCAACAUGCGCCACCGCAAGCGCAAAAACAUGGAGAUCGAUGGCCUUCGGCGGCGUGCGCGCGACCUCGAGGUCAAGCGCGACCAGCUCCAGGCCGCGUCGACGUCGAUUGCGGCGUCGGAAGGGCCAUGGGAAGAGCUCUGCGAGAUUGAGCGCGGUAAGCUCGCGCUCGCCCGCGAAGAGCAAACCGUGCUGGCGCGCUCGGUCGCGCGCCACGAAGUGAUCAUUCAAAAGUUCUACACCAACAAGUACCCGGGCCAAGGCGACGACGACGAGACCGACGCGCAGCAGCAGCAGCAGCACGACGAGGAAGAGUAGGGCCGCGUCUGCUAUUUAUUCUGUAGACGAAGGACUCGGAGGCUGCCUACACGUAUAUACUUGCAUGUCUUUGAAGCUUUUGUGUA